CCUCCUUGAUUUAGAAUGGCGAUGAAGGUGGUUUGUACGUUCUUUGCAAUGUUGCUAGUCAUUGCGCUAGGGUCUGAGAUGCCCAAGCUGGGAAUCAUUGAAGAUAACAUUUCCUACGUGAAACGAGGGAAAAACUCCAAGCAGCCGCCAGAAGAGCAUUUCGGAACACUUGUACUUGGCGGUAAAAGUUGGAAGUCGAUUGAAACUCCACCUGUUCUUAACAUUUCGAAGGAUGACAUUGUUUCUACAUCAAGCUUCAAACACGGACUAAAACAACUGCAGGAGAAGGAUAAAAUAGAAGAGGACAUGGCUGCCAAGAACAUGAAAGUCUCUCAUAACUCAUCUACUUACAUCCAUCAGUCCCUCUUCAAGAGUUCUGACCCGCGGUCCAUCGCAGCAGCAAGAAUAGGCUUCAUGAUAGACAGCGCCACUAAAUUCGUCAUGGAUCGCCUCCAGCUAAACAAAACCGACAUAACUUUCGACAUCUUGCUAUCGGACCAGCUGGCCCAGGACGAGUUCUGUGAUCAGGGCCUAGUUUCGUCCUGCGAGGCCUUCCGCCACUACAGGUCCUCCAACGGCAUCUGUAAUAACUUGGAUAACCCGCUGUGGGGAUCCACUUUCAGGCCCUUCCGUCGUGUUGCUCCGCCCGACUAUGGCAACGGAGUGUCAAGCCUCCGCCUUGCCCAGGACUGGCAGCCCCUUCCCAGCGCCCGCCUCGUCAGCAGUGCGGUAAAUAAUAUUCGGCCAAAUAGGGAAUCUUCUCUCCUCUCAGUCCUCCACAUGACCUACGGGCAGUUCCUCGACCAUGACCUGACCUUCGCGCCUUUGAAUAAAGGUAGGAAUGGUGAGGCGAUUCCAUGCUGCCUGGCAGCCCUGGGCAAUCCCAUUUUACUCCACCCUGAGUGCGCCCCCAUUCCCAUCCCUGCUGACGACCCUUUCUACUCCAAGUUCAACCAGACGUGCAUGGACUUCGUCAGCUCGGCGCCCGCCCCACGCUGCUUGCUUGGUCCACGAGAACAAAUGAACGAGAAGACGGCAUAUAUCGACGGCUCUCAGGUCUACGGCAUCGAUGACGAGAUGAUGAAUUCACUGAGAACGAUGGCGGAUGGUCUGCUUAUUGCUCAGGUGACCAAUGAAGGCGAGGAGCUUCUUCCUGCAAACACAGACUUAGCAAACGAGUGCAACAAGGCAGAAGAAGCCAACAUGAACCGCUUUUGCUUCCGGGCCGGUGACAAGAGAGUGAACGAGCAAGUUCUGCUUGUUCUGUUCCACACAGUGUGGUCACGUCACCACAACCACCUAGCGUCUCGUCUAAAGAGUACCAAUCCUUCCUGGAUUGAUGAAAAGCUGUUCCAGGAGGCCCGCCGAAUCGUUGGCGCUCAGCUUCAACAUAUCACGUAUAAGGAGUACUUGCCGCCCAUCUUCGGUAAUGCAAUCAUUAAAGACUUUAAGCUGAAACCCUUGAAGAACAAGAAGCGAAAGGACUUUUACCUCCCCGACAAGAGCGCUGCCAUUAGUGCUGAGUUUGCAACAGCUGCCUUCCGUUUUGGACACAGUCAGAUUGCUGGUCACAUGGAGAGAGUGGAUGACUUCGGCGACAUUUCCUCUACCGAGAUGUCUUCGGUGUUCAUGAACCCCUUCGUCGUGUAUACGAAAGGUGCGGUAUCUCAGCUGACGCGAGGGGAGGUUCAACAGAGCGCGGGGUACGUUGACCCCUUCUUUACACCGCAAGUGGCCGGUUAUCUCUUCAAAGGGAACAACAUAUUUGGACUCGAUCUGGUGUCCCUCAACAUACAGCGUGGGCGUGACCAUGGUAUUGCCUCCUAUACGGCGAUCAGAACCUCAUGCGAACUGUCUCCUGUUCAUGACUUUGGUGAUCUCUCGGGAAAAAUGGAUGAUGACGUGAUUGCAAAGCUAGAGGAUGUAUACCGUCAUGUGGAUGACAUUGACCUGUUCGUCGGUGGUUUGGCUGAACACCCGAUUGAAGGAGGAGUGGUAGGUCCCACCUUCGCUUGUAUUCUGCUGGACCAGUUCCUUAGGCUAAAAGAAGGCGACAGAUACUGGUACGAGACCAAUGACGAGGACACAAGGUUUACAGGAAAUCAAGUCAAACAAAUUCGCAGCACAACCUUGGCAGGCAUCAUGUGCGAAGUGAUCCCAGAACUGAAGGAGAUUCAGGCCGAACCUCUAAAAGUGGCAUCUCCCGAGAAUCCAAUACUACCUUGCUCCUCUUUCCCGGAACUCGAUCUUCAACACUGGGAAGAAUAAUUGAAUAAAAGGAAGGAUUCUGCGAGGUUUCACAAGGGUUGAUUUGGGCAAUAAAUUUUUGACAUGUUCAUUGUAAACCUUUGUCUGGUCGAGAUAUUAUAUUCAUCCAAGAUGAAUUCAUUAAAGAGUCCUUUCUA